AUGUAUGAUUGUUUUCAAAGUUUAUUUGAAACAUCUAAGCACUCUGUUCACUCUUUUCUAAAAAGAGAUUUUACCCGAGGAUCAGCAAAAUUGAAAAUCACCAUGAAUCGACAAAAUGUUAGGUGUUAUUCUUUAGCUUCACAAGCUAUCCGGAAAGGUAAAUUCAGCAAUUCGAUGCUACAUAGGGUGAAAUAUAAUGACAGAGGCAAUUCUGAAGUUACUAAGAUUGCACAUCCAUUUUAUAAACCUUCGAAAAUUGAAGGAAUGACAUUAUGUUGCACUGAAGUUAAACCUCAGUUGCUAAGUGGUAAAGGGAUUAUGCCAAUUAUGAAAACUGAUCAAAAUCAACAUACCACUAUUUCAUUUGAUAAUAGAUUAACCUUUAAAUCCGUUAGAAAUAUUUCAAAGUGGAUCAAGAAUAAUCGGGAAAUAAUCAAAGAAAAAAAUAUGAACAUUGGGAAUUUUAUUAGUUUAACUGAAUCUGCACACAAACAUUCGAAAGUUAAAAUUAAUAUAUUUAAGUAUGAUUCUCUAAAAAAUUUUAUCAAUAAGUUAGAAAAUAAUGAAGAAAUUUCACUUAAUGUAAACGAUUUUGAUUCUGUCGCAAACAAACUGUGUAAAUCAGAAGACUCUAAAUAUUUUUUAGAGGAUUUUUACUUGUAUAUACUUCAAAAUCAUAUCAAAUCUGAUAAAACGUGCAUUUUACUGAUUAAAUCUGUUGAGAAUCUUUUUCAGGGAAGUAUAAAUAAUAUCAGAGUUAUUGAUGAUUUAUUAUUACAAAUUUUUCACACAGUUGAAGAAAACAAUAUUGAUUCUGAAAAAUUAAGGACAGAAAUGAUGACAUUUUUAAACUUUUUGGAGGAUGUGUUCAAUAACGAAAUAAGUAAUCUUGGGCUAUCCUCAACAACGAAACAGCAUAUUCUGAACAUGUACAUCAAAAGCGGUUGUUUGGAUAAAAGUAAGACACUUUUGUUUAAUAUUAUCGAAAAUACUAAUAAUCUUAAUAAAACUUCAAUAGUCACCACGUACUUAAAUCUUAUAGAUAGAUUAUCAGUAAAUUGGGACGAUGCGAUUUCUAGGAAAAUGGAGUAUGCGAUUAAUAUUGGAGGAAUUCUCAACAAAAUAAAUGAACCUAAAGUUUUUGAAUUUUAUAUUAGAAAUUGUAGGCAUUAUAAAGAACUAGAGGCAUUAGUGCAGAUUAUUGUUGAAAAAGAAGAUAACUUUAUUCUUCUAGAUAAUUUAAAAAAAGAAUUGGUUAAUAAAGCUGGGAAUUUAAGUACUCGCAACACAGAAAAUAUUAUUAAUUUAUCAAUGCUUUAUAACACAUUAGAAACUUCAACAACUUCUAAAAUUCCAAAAUCAAUUGCAUACGAAUUCAUUAAGGUGGUCAUAGCUAAAGGUGCUUUUAACUUUGCCUCUAACGUUAUAGAUAGAAACGGUUUGAAGUUGGAAACUCCUCUCAUAUUCUUAAUUUUACGCAAUAUGAAAAGUAGACGAUUGUCGAUAUCUAAUCGUUUGAUUUUUCAAAAUUCUUUCAUACGCUUCAUGGAAAAUUAUAUUUUACCUACUCUAAGAGAUUUUAAAAAUUUGGAAGAACACAAGUUAGUUUCAAUAAUGCACGCAAUGCUGCUUCGUAAUAAUGACAUCCUACAUUCGGUGAAGGAUGUCGAAAAUAAUGAAUCUUUUUUCGAUUCAAUAAUGGCAUUAUAUAGAGACUGUGAAAUUCUCGAUGCUUCUUCAUUCAAUGAAUAUAUGAAAGGCAAUUCAGAAGUUAGAUUGUUGCACUUACAAAGAUUUUUUACUGCUUAA